CGCCCCGGUCCCCCCCCCCCCUCGCCCGCCGCCAUCAUGCUGGUGCCCGUGUUCACGCUGAAGCUGAACCACAAGAUCCUGCCCCGCAUGGUGGCGCUGGGCCGGUUCGACGGCGCCCACCCGUGCCUGGCGGCCGCCACGCAGGCCGGCAAGGUUUUUAUUCAUAAUCCUCAUGCCCGUGGCCAGAGAACAAGCACAAACCGUAUGGUGCAAAGUACCCAAGAUUCUGACAUUUCCCUUCUCAACAUUAAUCAAGGGAUCACUUGUCUAACUUCAGGAGUACUGAAUCCUCAGCUUGGAUAUGAUUCUCUUCUAGUUGGAACACAAACUAAUUUAUUGGCUUAUGAUGUGCAUAACAACUCGGAUUUGUUUUACAGAGAGGUUUCAGAUGGAGCCAAUGCAAUAGUUCUUGGAACGCUAGGAGAUAUUUCAUCUCCACUUGCUAUUAUUGGUGGAAAUUGUGCCCUGCAGGGCUUUGAUUAUGAAGGAAAUGAUCUUUUUUGGACGGUUACUGGAGACAAUGUUCGUUCAUUAGCACUGUGUGACUUUGAUGGUGAUGGCAAAACUGAGCUUCUUGUUGGCUCUGAAGAUUUUGACAUCCGCGUGUUUAAAGAAGAUGAGAUAGUGGCAGAAAUGUCAGAAACAGAGACUAUCACAGCACUUAGCCCCAUGUACGGCAGUCGGUUUGGCUAUGCCCUUGCUAAUGGGACAGUAGGAGUUUACGACAAGACAGCCCGCUACUGGAGGAUUAAGUCUAAGAACCAUGCAAUGAGCAUACAUGCUUUUGACUUGAACUCUGAUGGAGUAUGCGAGUUGAUCACUGGCUGGUCCAAUGGGAAGGUUGAUGCACGCAGUGACCGAACUGGGGAGGUAAUCUUUAAGGACAACUUUGCAUCCUCAAUUGCAGGACUGGUGCAGGGGGAUUACAGAAUGGAUGGAAACACCCAGUUAAUUUGUUGUUCAGUUGACGGUGAAGUUCGGGGCUAUCUGCCAGGAAGCCAAGAGAUGAAAGGAAAUCUAAUGGAUGCAAGUGCUGAGCAGGACCUGAUCCGAGAACUUAGUCAAAAGAAACAAAAUCUGCUGCUGGAAUUACGAAACUACGAGGAAAAUGCAAAGGCUGAACUGAACACUCAACUGAAGGAAGCUGAUGGGCGGAGAGGUGUAAUUCCAGCAAAUACCCAACUCCAGACUGCCCUAUCAGUUAAUCUGGGCUCUGACAGUCAGUCUGCUCAUGUGGAGUUGUGCAUUUCCACAACAAAUGACACAAUCAUCCGUGCCGUGCUGAUCUUUGCUGAAGGCAUAUUUGAAGGAGAGAGCCAUGUGGUACACCCCAGUCUCCAGAAUCUCUCAGGCUGUGUUCGCAUUCCCCUCACUCCACCCAAAGACGUCCCUGUGGAUUUGCACAUCAAAGCCUUUGUGGGUUACAGGAACAGCAUGCAGUUUCAUGUAUUUGAAUUGACACGGCAGCUUCCCCGCUUUUCAAUGUAUGCCCUGAGCAGCCCAGACUCAGCCACAGAGCCACUGAGCUAUGUUAACUUUACAACGAGCGAGAGAGCACAAAGGAUUGUUAUGUGGCUGAAUCAGAGCUUCCUGCUACCAGAGGAUGCAGAGCUUCAGAGUGCUCCCUUUGAGGUUUGCUUCACUUCCCUUCGUCAUGCAGGUCAGCUCUGCAUCAAAAUCAAGCCUGGUGGAGAGAUUUCUAUCAGCACGGAUGAUAUUGAUCUAGCUGGUGACAUUAUCCAGUCGAUGGCCUCCUUUCUGGCAAUUGAUGAUUUGCAGGUGGAAGCAGAUUUCCCUGCAUACUUUGAGGAGCUACGGAAAGUGUUGGUCAAGGUGGAUGAUCGCCAUGCAGUGAAUCAGAGGCUCACUGCCGACAUGGCUGAACACUCCAACCUCAUCCGGAGCAUGCUGAUUCAAGCUGAAGAUGCACGACUCCUGGGAGACAUGAAAAUCAUGAAGAAACGGUACAUCGAGCUGUAUGAUCUUAACAGAGAUUUAAUCAAUCAGUACAAAAUCCGUUGCAACAAUCACACUGAGCUAUUGAAUAAUCUGAAAGCUGUGAAUCAGGCGAUCCAGAGAGCAGGGCGUUUACGUGUUGGCAAACCUAAAACACAAGUCAUCACUGCUUGUCGGGAUGCAAUAAGAAGCAACAACUUUAACAUGCUGUUCAGGAUAAUGCGUGUAGGGACAGCCUCUUCUUAAAAUGACCGGAAGAAUUAGCAAUUGCAUGGAGGCAGUGCUUCCACACAGUAAGGAGAUCCUACCAACAGCCAUAACACACAAGGUGUUGCAGUACUUUUCCAGCACGUAAUCUUUGGGUGGUGGAGAAAACAACAAAAGGAAUGGGAUGCGUAGCAACAUGUAAUGGACCAAUUAGGACAAGCAGUUAAUUCAGUCUGUGACUCCAUUGUAGGGUGAAGUAAUUGGCAAGGUAGCAUUUUAGUAAAGCCAUCAGGCAAGAAAUAUCACUAUGCAGGCCAAAGGACAGGAAGCUUCUUAAAAAAACAUCAGAGUUUAAGUGCAGAUACAAUAUUUAUGCGAGACUGAGUUAUAACCUUGGAACAGUUAUUUUUCUUACAGUAACUUAUUUAUGUAAUGUGCAUUUUGUAGUUAGAGCUUCAGUCUUUUCCAUUAAAACAUAGAAUGGUCA